AUAGGGGAGCACUGAUCAUUUACUUAUCAGCCGGCAGAAGUUUAGUGUUGGAAAUUUAUUAAUAUACUUGGAUUAAUCAGGCACGUACGCACAUGCCAAUAAAUUUCAUGCAAAUCACUGUGCGAAAUGAAACUUGAGGCGAAUUCCUACUUUGAAUAGAAUGAACAAGAAUUUUUCAAUUUUAACCAAGUGCUGCAAGUGUCGAUAAAACUUGUUGCGGCCCGUGAAGCAGGUACAUUUUUGUGCGAUAGAGCAACACUGAAAGUUGUUUGUCAUAAAUAGCUGUAAUAAUGCGAAAGUAUCAACAAUUGGCGCUCUUGCUAAUAUCCUGCUUCAGUGUGGGUGUGCUCAUGAUGUACAAGAGCGAAAACAAUCGCUUAAAAUAUGUGCUAAGGUAUGUCAACUUCUUUGGCCGCAACGAUGCGGCCGUGCUGCGUCGCAUACAGAACAGCACAACGGCCGAGGAUGAGGAGCGCCAAUCCAAAUGGGUGUUCACUAAGCCGCUGCCCGUUUGGCAGGUGAUUGGAGACUCCUUUUAUGCCUACUCGGCAUACUGGAAACAAAAGGAGCUGGUCGUUGGAGGCGAAGCUCACGUCAUUGUUGUUGGCAAGAAGGGAGCCGUUGUGGACUUUCGGUGCAGCUUCGACGUGGGCGGCCGCAGUGUUCAGGGCAAAUUUCGCUUUCAACGCGAUGCAGCGGAGGGCGUGGUCGAUGACAAGGCCAGCACCUUCACCAAUUACAAUUUUUUUUGUCAAGUCAGCCGCAAUUUCGGACAGCCAAAAUACGUUUCCUUUAGCGAUGCGACGUCUCCGAUCAAGAGGCAAGUGAAGCUGCAUCUUCGGCACUUGAAGCCGGCAAAGACAGCUGCCAAGGCAACAACAACAACAGCAGCAGCAGUACCAGCUGGAGCGACCCUUACUGAAGUGCCUGUUCGCUUUCCUGCAACAAUUUGUGUUGAUUUGGUUAGCUUUGAUGUGGGUUCGCGAUUCGCGCGCAAUGUGGAUGCCAUGGUGCAAUUCUUCCUCUUCCACCAGGCGCUGGGUGUCCAGCACUUUCUAGUGUACAACUACGAUGAACUGCCGGAGCAAGUUGUACGCCUUUUGGAGCGCACCAAAAUGCAUCUGUAUAGCUUGCCCUUCAACUUCCCAUUUCUGCAAACAAAUGGCACAGCUGCUCGAAUUCGUCAGCUGCUGCAGACGGAUUGCCUGCUACGCAAUGUGAACUAUGCUAGCUUCACGAUGCUGCUCGCUCCGAACGAACUGGUAUAUCCAAAUGCACGCUUUGCGGGCAACUUGGGCAAGAGCUCGCUGCAGCGGCAACUGCGCGCCUAUGAAAGCGAAACAGUUCGCUUUGAGCUGUCCAGCUUUGCCGUCUGCUUUGAUGAGCGCAAGAAGCUGCUCAUAGACAACGUGCAAUACGAUCCAGAAUUGAGGUCCAAGGUGCUCCUGUAUCGCCUGGAGUUGCCGGCAGCGCAGCUCCUGCUGCCCACAGCGAAGGGCGUGGAGCUGCCACUGUCCAGUGGCUUUGCGCAUCGCUAUGUAGAGUGCCAACAGGUGGGCGCGGAUGGGCUACACGAUUGGCGCACUGGCGUGCGGGAGGAUCUGAUGGAGCACAUCACUCAGCUGCGCAGUGAAGUCGAUUUACUCAUUUAGAUGCUAAGUCUAGAGUUAAUUAAGCUAGUUAGGUUAAGCUAAAAGUAUUGACUCAAUUCGACUGCCAUAAUGCCAAAAAGCUUUAGCUAUGACGUUUUUUCACUCAACUUCAAAUUUUGUAUAGUAAUAGACAAUUUUUAAAGAAAAACAAUUGGACAAUUAAUUGAAUUGGCUGCUGCAAAGGAAGAGUUAGCGAAAAUGUCUAAAUGGAUACUAUUCAAUUAAAGUAGGCAGCCAAUAAGAAAAUUGAUUUAAUGAAAUUGGAGUAUUGUGUAAUAUCGAAAAUUUUCUGUCGCUUCGACUUUAUUACUAUUUAAGCCUUCGCUAGGUCUAUUAAUUGACUAUUGAAAAAUUCACUGAAUUUUAUAUACAUAAGUAUUUGUCAAACAUAAAAAAUUAAUUUCGAUUCAAUUUCAAUUGUCUAUGCCUCUUCCAAUUGUAAGACGAGCAAUAAAACAUAAACAAUUAGCUCAU